AUGUUUCCAGAAGUCACGGUUGAUAUUGACGUCUUUCCUUGUCACUCCGAGUCUGCAUCGACUACAGUGGAGAUAGAUCUCAAGCGUGAGAGAGAUGAUGGUCCUCCGUUCCCAGACACUCACCUGAUCUUAAACAACGUGGUUAGCUUUGAUCCGCACAAGAUCCAAGAUGUUCUCCAUUCAACUUUCCAAGAUAAUCUCUUAUGCGGUCACCUCUGUACCGAGAUUGCUUUCGCAUCCCAGCGAGUUCCAGCACCGUUUAACAUGUACCUUCACGUCACACAGAGAAUCAUUGGAGCAUCUUCUCCUCUUCCUACUCAAGACAAUGAGACAUGUGCUAUUUGUUUGGAGGAUAUAUCAGAGGAGGUACAAAACUUUCAGCAGAUGGCGUAUUGUCCCCAUGAGUUUCAUGAUUACUGUAUCUACAGGUGGUUAAGUAAGAGUAAUUCUUGCCCUGUCUGCCACACUGUUCUUCUUCUUGAAGAUGAUUUUGACGACCAUCCCUACUACUGCGAAACAGAGUCAUGA